AUGCCUUUGGCCGGGAUAGACUGUCUCAUCCCUCAUUCCCAGGCCACUUGGUACAACAGCCAGACAGUCGGACCAUGCGUGUUAGGCAGCGCUGGUUGGGAGACGGUUUCUAAGCUACGUCUGUGGACGAAACUGCCCGACGAGCGCAAGCGGUCGCUUUUGAGACGGCUCCUGGUGACCGUCAUUCAGACCUUGUACGGAGCCCGUGUAUGGGCCGUGGGGGCUUGCGCGGAGGGUCCUGUCUCCUGA